AUGAGGCAGAGACGGCUUCGAAGUCAAGUAUGGGUAGCUCCAUUCCUCGCACUGGCACCAACAGCGACGAAACCGAACGUGGCGGCGUUCUCGCGAGGCAGCUCGUUGCCUACAAGCACGCUCCAGGCCCAGAAGUCCACCGAUAUUGUCUUUGUGCGUCACGGAUGUACGUACAUGAACGAAUACUUGGGUCAGGGGCCGUCGUUCGGAGCACCAUACUUUACGGACGUCUUUCGGGACGCGCCGGCAAGGGAUCGCUAUCACGAUACUCCCCUUAGCGAGCGCGGUUGGCGACAAGUCCGACAACUCCAAACGGACCAACCUGACUUUGUGCACGAUGUUGAUCUCGUCGUUGUCAGUCCCCUACGAAGGGCUUUGCAAACCUUCCAUCUAGGUCUUUCCGAAUGGGUAGGGCAACAGUCACCAGCCCUAGCCUCCGCCCGCACUCACCCGUCUACUCCCCGCCGUCACGUUCCCAUCAUCGCACACCCCGCCGCAGCCGAGCGUUUGUAUCUCGUCAGUGACGUUGGAAGACCAGUAUCACUCUUGAGGCAGGACUAUCCGUACAUCGAUUUCGACACCCACUUUACCGACGAUCCACAAUGGUGGUGGCGGCACAACCCUGUCGGUGACGGGCCCUACCAAGAAUGGCGUCCCACCGGACAAGGACAAGCCUACGCUUGCUGGAGUGAACCACAGCACGCCUUUGACGCUCGCAUGCAUCAUCUGUACGCAUUCUUGCGGACGCAGGUGGCAGGGGGAAAGUACCGUACGAUUGCCGUAGUUUGUCACCAUGGCGUCAUUGAUUGGAUGCUGGGACAAAACUUUGACAACUGUCAGUGGCGUCGCGUUCCCUGGCAGGAAAUUCAACCGGCGGCCCUAUCAAUACCCACUACCACCGUGCGGAAUGCGCCGAAAUAG